AUGUCUGAGCUAUGGUAUCGACAGCCUGCUGCGGACUGGAACUCGGCCUUGCCAGUUGGGAAUGGACGCUUGGGGGCCAUGGUGUACGGACGCACCGAUACGGAAAUGCUACAACUUAAUGAGGAUUCGGUGUGGUAUGGAGGUCCUCAAGAUCGAACCCCACAAGAUGCUCUCAAGCAUCUGCCCCAACUCAGGGCCGCAAUACGUGAGGGAAAACAUGCAGAAGCCGAGGAGAUAGCCAAGCUGGCUUUCUUUGCCAACCCGAUGAGCCAGCGGAAUUACGAGCCUCUCGGAAAUCUCUUUUUGGAUUUUGGUCAUGACUCGCAAGAUGUGACAAGCUACCGACGCUCAUUGGACCUGAAAAGUGCUGUAGCCCUGGUCAGUUAUGAGUAUAAGGGUGUUCAAUUCAAACGCGAAGUCCUGGCUAGCUACCCGGACAACGCCCUUGUGAUCCGUGUGCGCUCUUCGAGAAAUGCAGAGUUUGUGGUUCGAUUGUCGCGGAUGAGUGAUUUGGAAUUUGAAACCCACGAGUGGCUUGACGAUGUUCGUGCAAGCAACAGCUCCAUCACAAUGCAUGUGACGCCUGGAGGCAGGAAUAGUAACCGGGCAUGCUGUACUGUGUCUGUCCGCUGUGACAACGAAGAUGGUACUGUCACCAAGAUCGGAAACAAUCUAGUGGUGAACUCCAGUGACACCCUGCUAGUCAUUGCAGCAGAGACUACAUUUCGCCACGACGACAUAAAACAAAAGACCGAGCAACAUGUACAGAAUGCGCUUCACUUUUCUCUGCUUGAGCUAAGAGCUCGACAUGUCUCGGACUAUCAGUCCCUGUACAACCGAAUGGAAUUGCAACUUGGACCAGACAAUCCUGAAAUUCCUACCGACCAACGCCUGGAAUCCGCUCGAGAUCCAGGACUCAUCGCACUUUAUCAAAGCUACAGCCGCUAUCUUCUGAUAUCAUGUAGCAGAGAUGGACACAAAGCGCUACCUGCAAACCUUCAGGGCAUUUGGAACCCAUCUUUCCAUCCGGCAUGGGGGUCUCGAUUUACGAUCAACAUCAAUUUACAGAUGAACUAUUGGCUAUCAAAUUUGUGUAACUUGUCAGAGUGUGAACUGCCUCUUUUCGAGCUACUGGAACGCAUGGCCGAGUCCGGGCGGGCUAUUGCGCGUAUCAUGUACGGGUGUCGGGGUUGGACAGCUCAUUCCAACACAGACAUCUGGGCUGACACUGCUCCUGCUGAUCGGUGGAUGCCAGCAAGUAUCUGGCCCUUGGGUGGUGCGUGGCUCUGCUAUCACAUUUGGGACCAUUUCCGGUAUACAGGCGACGAGAAGUUUCUUCGCCGAAUGUUUCCCACACUUCGUGGAUGCGUGGAAUUUCUUUUAGACUUUUUGAUUGACGAUUCGACUGGUAAAUAUCUGGUCACCAGCCCAUCUGUCUCUCCAGAAAACUCAUACUAUGACCAUACGGGUACAAAGGGAAUUCUGUGCGAAGGAUCUACCAUCGAUAUUCAGAUUGUGGACGCUGUUCUGCAUGCGUUUCAAUGUUGCGCGAAGGAGCUUCAUAUAAAUGAUCCCCUUCUUCCGGGGGUCCGACUAACCAGAGACCGCCUGCCCCCGAUGCAGAUAUCCAAGGCAGGCUAUUUGCAGGAAUGGGCCACGGACUAUGCGGAAGUCGAACCAGGACAUCGCCAUACUUCCCAUAUGUGGGCAUUACAUCCCGGUAACACAAUCACACCAGCACACACACCCGAUUUAGCGGCGGCCUGUGGAGUGGUGCUGCGCCGUCGUGCAGAGCACGGUGGUGGUCAUACCGGUUGGAGUCGUGCUUGGCUGAUCAACUUACAUGCGCGUUUACUUGAAGACCGACAGUGUGCUGAGCACCUCGACCUGCUUCUGGCUCAUUCCACCUUACCCAAUCUGUUGGAUAGUCAUCCGCCCUUCCAGAUAGAUGGCAAUUUUGGGGGUGGAGCUGGCAUAAUUGAAAUGUUGGUCCAAUCUCACGAGCAUGGCAUGAUUCGGAUCCUUCCAGCCUGUCCAAGGGGCUGGACUGGGUCCAUUCGGGGAGUACGGGUGCGAGGAGGAUUUGAACUGCAGUUUGCAUGGGAAAAUGGUCAGGUUGUUGGUGAAGUGAGAGUGAAGUCCGAGCGGGGAGAGAAGGUGGUAGUUUACUUCAACGGUCUCCAAAGAGAGGUUUUUGGCCACGGUGAGCAUGUAAUCGACACUGGGGCCAUAUAG